AUGGUUCGUAAUUAUGUAAGAAAAAGAGUUCAAACUUCUUCAAACGCAGACAUUGGCGAAGCUAUUAAAUCAAUUAAACACGAUAAAAUGACUAUUAAUGAAGCAUCAGUGAAAUAUAACGUACUGAUUAGUACAUUAUACAAUCGUCUAUCAGGACACAACGGCUCUAGUGCACGUGGUGGCACAACAAUAUUGAGUAAAGAAGAAGAGUCUCAUCUGGUUUAUGUGAUAAAAACAAUGCGAGAUUAUGAUCAUCCUGUAUCAAAUUCAAAUGUAUGUACAAUGGCUUGGUGGUAUAUGACAGAAUUAAAGAAAGAUAUUCCAGAUAAUGGUCCAGGUAAAGAUUGGUUUUACGGUUUUAUGAGGAGGUGGUCACCCGAGUUAAAGAUAAUGAAAAGUAUGAAACUUGAAAAGCACGCAAUGAUGCAUUGCCCGUUCAAGUUCUCGAUAGUUGGUUUAACAAGUUGUAUAUAA